AUCCCAAGCAUGCGCAUUAUCGUGUCAGCGGUCAAAAGUUGAAUCCAAAAUGGCGGAAAAAACGGAUAAGGGCUUCAUGGCUCGUACGGCGAGUAUUACUGCAAAAAGAGCCAAACGAGCUCAAGAAAAGGUGAUGCAAAAGCUUGGAAAAGCCAACGAGACAAAGGAUCUGACGUUUGACGAGUUCGUAACUAACUUUAAUAAACAACAGAGUGCAGCCCAGAGAUUACAUAAAGAAUUAAAAAAUUAUUACUCUUGUGUCAAAGCAAUGUUAGUGUCUAGUGAUGCAUUUGGUGAUGCUGUUAGAGAAGUUUAUGAACCAGAAUGGCCAGGACGGGAUAAACUGAUUCAGUAUUUAGAGGAAUUACACAACCAAUGGCAAGAAUUAGUGGAAAAACUAGAUGAUGAAGUUAUUAUCCCAUUAACAGCAUAUCAGAGUCAAUUCCCUGACAUAAAGGCCAGAAUAAACAAACGUGGAAGGAAACUUGUGGACUAUGAUCGAUACAGACACAAUUUGGAAACACUAAAAGCUAAGGGCAAGACAGCAGAUCCUAAAAAGCUUGCUCAGGCAGAGGAAGAAUAUAAUGAAGCAAAAUCAGUUUAUACAAAGCUGCAUGCAGAAUUAUAUGAAGAACUGCCAGCAUUAUUCGACAGUCGCAUUGGUUAUUAUGUGUCAUCAUUCCAAAGUAUCUUCACUGCUGAAGGAGUAUUUCACAGAGAAGCAGCUAAGACAAAGACACAAGUGAAUGAUCUAAUGGAUGGUUUAAUUCAGGAUAUGUCAACUGGAACAUACACAACUAAAAGACCUUAUCCUGUUGCUAGUGAGAACCAAGUAUCAGACAGCGAUGAUAUGGACACUCAAACAACGUCUUCUCAUGCAGAAAGUGGUGAUGCAGUAGUGUGCAAUGAUGAGGCUGCUGCUACAGAAAGUGCUGAAGAUGGAACAGCUGAAAAAGUAGUCGAUGGAGGUGACGCCUUAAAUCCUUUUACACAUUCUGAUCAUGAUGAACAAGAUGGGGUGGGUGGGGAGACUGCGAUACAACAAGAGACUCAAGAAAAACCCAAGCCUAUUCCAGUCACUCAACCUCCACCCCCACAAGUAGAUAGUUCAGGCAAGAAAGCAGGAGAAAAACCUCAAGUGCAGCCAUUACCAGUCACCCAACCUGUGCAGCCACAAACCGAUAGCUCCGAGAAGGGAUCACCAUCUAAUGAAGAGGCUGCACCCCUCACUGCAUCACAGACAGAAGGAGCACAACAGCAGCCGUCACAGCAACUGUCACAGCAGCCGUCACAGCAACAACAGCAAGAGGUUUCUACAAGUGAAAUUCCUGGAGUGCUUUAUAAGGUUCGAGCAGCAUACAAAUAUGUAGCGGAAGAUGAUGAUGAGUUAUCUUUUGAGAAAGGAGAAAUUAUUAGUGUUAUAGAAUUUGAAGAUCCAGAGGAACAGGAUGAAGGAUGGCUCCUUGGUAUCUUAGAACUUAGUGGUAUUAAGGGUGUUUUCCCUGCAAACUUCACAAAAAGAAUUUAAUAGUUAAGUCAUAGUUGAAAUAAUUAAAAAUAAUAAAACAAGGAAGAUGAUAAUUACUGGUAUAUUAUCACUCCCUAAACACAAUCUUGAAGCUGCAAAGCAAUGCUUUAUCAAGGGUAUUAUAAGUACAACAUAGUAAUAUAUCACAAAUAUUGCAUACUUUCACUACUGACCAGAGUCAAAAUGUAAGGCAGACAUUUACUUAUGACUCUGGGCACUCAAGACAUGCAAGUGAAUGUGCUAAUAAUUAUUAUUGAUGUUGUUCAAAGGACACUGCAUUUAGUGAUCAGAUAAAAUUCCAGUCAGCCUAAAACAAAGUGUGCAAGAUCAGGUCUAUAUUUGACCUUUCUGUAAACUAGUUUGCUUUCAUCUGUGGAGUUGCUCACUGUCACACGGAUACACACAGUCCAAUACUCCCAUGUAAUGACCUACACACAUAUACAUUGCUCAGUAGUAAUAACGGACCACUCAGUUAAGAGACACACAGAGCUUUGCUUUAUCAGGACUGAUCCUUUAUGGAGUGGCUGAGCUUUGUGCUAGUCUUAUUAAAUAUUGUUGCAUUGCUGUUGUUCCCAUAUAUUCCUGACACUUUUUCUGGAAUAAAGUCAUAAAUUAUUUGGACACUAUAGGUUUCCUUCUCCCAUGACAACCAUACAAAAUUCCAAGCCCUAUUUUUUAUUACUUGUGCAAGCUGUAUAGUUAGGGAAAUUCAAUUACCUGUUUUGAAAUGGGAAUUGUAGGUCAUAUUUACAUUUGUUUGCCAACCUUUUAAGCUUCGGAAGUAGAGUUAUAAAAUACGUUGGAAGGAAAUGGGCUGUAAUAAUUAUUCUAAAGAUAGUCUCUCUAGGCUGUCAAACAAUUCACAGAAGAUACUCCUUCAUGUUCAAUUUUCACACCUUGUUGGGCCAGAUUGCCUGGCAAUUUGCAGGUGAUAUUUUGCCAAAAGAGCCCCAAAUAACUGAGAGCAAAACUGUUGGUCUCCAUUAUUUUAUCAUGGUAUCAAACAGUAUUAGUUUAAAACUACUGACAGUCAUUUCCGAGUACGAGCUGAGUGCAAAGAGAUCAUGUCUUGAAAGUAGGACCUUUUUGUUGCCAAGUUUAAGAAAAUAGUUUAGAAAAUGUCUCAAGAUUCUGUACAGUUUUUCAGAUUAUUUUGCUCAUGAAAUAUUAGUUAAAGACAGUUGACUGUUGGUAGCUUAAAUUGUACCAUAGAAAUGUAAAUUGCAAUUUGUUCCACUGCAAGAUCUGCUGUGCUCACUUGCUACAUAUGCUAAAGAAUGUGAAAUACAGAAUGUCUCUGGAAACUA